AACACCAUCAAACAGCUUCAUCAUGAUGUAUGGACAGAUCUUCAAUCUGCACAGCCCUGAUGAUUGCUUUAUUAAUGUCAAUGUUGGUGGGUUCAAACAGAGAAUGGAGCACACCGUUCUGAAACGGUUCCCACAAACACGUCUGGGUCGCCUUCUGUGUUGCAGCUCCAAAGAAGCGGCCCUGGAGCUCUGUGAUGACUUCAGUCCUGCUGAAAUGGAGUACUAUUUUGACCGCAAUCCACAUUUUUUCUGCUACGUUCUCAACUUCUACCUCACGGGCAAAAUCCACCUGGUGGACGGGUUGUGCGUAGUUUCAUUUAUUCAAGAAAUUGAGUAUUGGGGCAUCAAGGAGCGCCACCUAGACUUUUGCUGCAGCAACAAAUUCCUUGAACUAAUAGAGCUUGCUGAAGAUAAGCACUGGGAUCAAAGGAGUGAUGACCUGCAGUUCCACAGCUCUGACUCGUCUAUGGAGGAACUGUCAACUUCGGAGGAAGACGUCAGAAUGUUUGAAGGCUCGUGGUGUGCAGAUGUCCGCAGGAAUAUUUGGAUUCGACUUGAGAAUCCAGGAUACUCCACUUCAGCCAAAGUAAUGGCUGUAGCUUCUCUAAGUAUGGUCAUUGUCUCUAUCAUCGCCAUGUGUGUCCACAGCAUGCCGGACUUCCAGCAAGUGGACCACAAUGAGAAGGAGAUUGAAAACCCAGUGCUGGCUUUCUUUGAGAGCGUCUGUGUUCUCUUCUUCUCUGCAGAGUUUAUUCUUCGACUGACUGUUGCACCAUCAGCCAAGAAGUUCUUGUGCAGUGUUCUUAAUAUUAUUGACUUAAUGUCAGUUAUGCCCUUCUAUGUCACAAUGGCCUGUGAUAUAAUGGAUGAAGGUGAGAACACAGACCUGGAGAAUGUUGGAAAAGUGGUGCAGAUCUUGAGGUUGAUGCGAGUGUUCCGCAUACUGAAACUGGCUCGCCACUCAGUAGGCCUUCGCUCUCUUGGUGCCACACUGCGGCACAGCUCCAGUGAAAUUGGACAGCUGUUGCUUUUCUUGUCUGUGGGCAUUUCAGUGUUUUCUGCUCUCAUUUACUUUGCAGAGAAUGAAUCUCAGGAGUCAGAGCUGCAGACUAUGCCUAUUGGCUGGUGGUGGGCCACCAUUAGCAUGACUACCGUGGGCUACGGGGACACCUUUCCUGUUACACUUGCUGGGAAGCUGAUAGGAACCCUGUGCAUCAUCUGUGGGCUGCUGAUCGUCGCUCUGCCCAUUACCAACAUCUUCAAUAAAUUCUCCAAGUUCUAUCAGAGACAAAAACAUCUAGAUCUCAAACAGAGCAAUAACUGAACCAAAGAGUUCCAUGUCAAAACUUUUAAUGCCACAAACUCCUUCAUUACUCACAACUAAUGAGAAGUUGUAAAAGACUCUGAUCAUGAUACAUGAACGGGGAAAAGGUGUUGGUUGCACAGUGAACUGUAAUAGAUAUGACUUAAAUAAAUGGGGGCUUAGUAUUUAAAGGUCAAGUCUUUAUUUCUUGUGUUGUGACAAAUAUGUUCAGGGGAAGGGAAUAGUUUGACAUCUUGGGAAAUUUCCUUAACCGUUUUCCACCAUUACAUUGCCUAUGAUUAAAAACUAGUGCUAAACUUUGCAAACAGCAACAUCAACCAAGUGCAGCAGCACAAGACAUAGCAAGCGAGCUAAUAUCACUUUUAAUACAUUAGCGAAAAAGACCAUCUGUCUUGCACUUUCAUUUCGGAUAGCCAGGAUGUCCGAACAGGCAGCUUUACCUUUGCUCUGG